UUAAAUAAACGGUGGAUAUAACGCUGGAUUUGCAGAUCGUUUGAAACUGAUAUGAAGCGGUCCCAGUGCUAAAAGAUGCCGGACAUGAACCGCAUGAGCUAAAGCAUGUCUCAUCCAUUUCAAAACGUGACUCUUUCUCUGACUCUACCGAUUUCCUGCCAGAUAUGCCUAGGAAAGGUGCGUCAUCCGGUCAUUUGUUGCAACAACCACGUGUUCUGCAACAACUGCAUCAAAGUUUGGCUGGAGAAGAACAGCCAGUGCCCGACCUGCAGAGUGGCCAUCACAGCAGAAAACCCCUGCAGAGAAAUCAUUGGAGCCACAGCUGACAGUGAGUCCAGCGAGAGCCGCUCUGUAAAGAGACGCCUAAGAAGGACUCGAGGAGAGCUGCUUUUUCGAGAAUAUGAGGAUGAAAUCGAAACCCUUCUGAAGGAGAACGAGGAGUUGAAAAGCCAAACCUUGAGCCUUGAAAUGCAACUCAAGACCGCUCUGGAACCGACCUCCGUCUUAGUUCCUCAGACUGAAACCAGCGGCGCUGUUGACCCGAGUGUUCUCGAAGAGUCGGCCAAUAAGCUUAGAGCUGCCAAUGACCUCUACAGGAAGGUCAACCAGGAUCUCGACAGACUAAAAGAGGCUAACAAGACUCUGCGGUCACAGAAUUUUGACCUAAUCCAAGAAAAUAUGCGUUUGAAAGCCGAAGUUGACAGCAGAUCUCCACAAAAAUUCGGCAGGUAUACUGUUGCCGCCCUGGAAGCUAAAAUCCAUCAGUAUGAGCGGGACGUAGCCCAGCUGAGGAGAGCUCUAGAGCGCAGCGAUAAGUACAUCGAAGAACUCGAAGCCCAAAACCAGAGGGACGGACCUCAGUCUGAAGAGGCCGUGCACUCCAGCACUGCGUCUGGGGGAACACAAGUUGAAAGAAUUACCCUGAUGCGGAGGAGCUUGAGUCAAAUGGAGGAGACUUCUGUUUAUACAGAUCUGGACCAAGAGCCUACACAGCUCCCUAACAACCGCGCGCGCCUCCUCACAACAUCCGACGUGUGCCAAAGGGUGGAUGUUUUAGAAGGGCCCUUGACUCCUCAGCAGGAUGUUACGGUUCCCUCUACACCUUCCUCGGCUCUCAGAUCUCUGAGCUUAAAGAGUCCUGGGGUUUGCAGUGACAGGAAGUUGGGUCUCAAGCCUCUCACGUACCUGAGAAGACUCAGCUUUGACGAUUGUCAGAGCUCAACCAGCUCAGUCAAACAAAACCCAAGAACCUUCCAAGUGAGCACAGGUGCUUCUUUCGAUCCGAAACCCUCUGUGAACUCGGACAAAGAGGCCUCCUGUAUGGGCUGGAUGGACGGCAGACCUGAGCUUCCCCAGCCGGAUGAAAACGGAGAGAAGUUCAAGCGGUCUGAAAACACAUCUUUGGCCGAGGACCCGACGGGAAACAGCGAAGCUUGCAUGGAUGCGGCAUAUCUGGACAAGAUCUCUGAGUUGGACUCUAUGAUGGCUGAUGGUGAGAGCUCCAGCGGUCAGGUCUCUCACCUUCCCAUAGCAUCCUCUUCAUCGCGCUCACCAGCCUUUGAUGCCACACAAAUACCAGAGCUGGAUUUCUGUAGCAACCUCUUAGCUGAUCCCGGAGCGGCAAGAGAGAACCAGGCCACAUCAGCGACGCAGGAGAACACCCGUGAUGCCGCUAACACUUCUGAGGAAAAAGUUUCAUUUGUUGAUUUUGCAGUGGAACAUCCCGGGCAGUCCACCAAACGCAAGUGUCCCACAGGAUCGGACAUCUCCAGCCCCUCCAAACUUUCAAAACUAAAGUAGAAGCAGAAACAUUGCAGAUAUUUUCUUGACCAACGUUGUUCUCUCGGGACUUUCUUACAGAUUUACCUGGCUGUUCAUUAUUAUGACAGCAGUCCUAAACAUCUGUAUCCUGAGGAAGGUGCUACUAUCAAACAUUCAUUCUUAUGAAUUGAGUUUGAUCUUUGUCCAGAGUAAUGUGGCGUUGAAGAGAUCUAAUUCAUUGUAUUUGAACUGUAAAAACAAUAAAUUCAAUCGAAGCAACCAGUUUGAAAUGAGACGUUUUUAGAAUUUGAUGAAAAAUGCUUUUUUUAAAAUUAGGUGUUGACAUUGCGUAUUAAUAAUACAGUAUAAAAAUGUGCAUACCUGCACAGUCAUCAUUUUAAAUGAAUUUCAUGUUUUUUGUCCCAAUCACAGUGGUUUUAUUAUUAGUCUCUCUGGUUUAGUGGAGGUUUAUCCUUGUCAUCACUAAACGAAUCCAUUUAAUAUCCACCCUGUGAACAGUCUCUUAAAGAAUGGAUUAAUUCUAGUGUAUUAACACUUCAUUAGCUCCAACUAGAAACGGUUAGGCAAUGAAAAAUUCAUACAGUGAUAAGAGUUCAGUGAAAUGUACAUGAUAGUUAGUUGUGUAAUAACACGCAGCGUGACAUCACGACUCCAAAAAACAUCAGUGAUGUUUGAAUACUCUUCUUAUAAACUAAUAUAUUUGCAGUACUUAUAUAUUUUAGUAAGUAGGCUAAAAUGUAUUAUUAGAUUUGUCUUUUGAUAAGCCUGAACUAUCGGUUUAGUGUACCAUUUUUUAU